ACGUGCCAACACACAGUGUCAACAGAGCAUAGAGUUCCCAUUAGAGUCUAGCUUCUCUUUUUCUCAGCCUCAGAAAGCAGAAAAUUAUUUAGAAGCUCUUUGCUUUAUUGCAACUACUAAUCUUUCAACUGUAGCCUCUGUUAGGCUCUGAAACAGGGUAUGUAGGAGUGUGUGAGCGAGAAUAAGAGAAAUUAACAGGAUAUAGGUGUUAUCUACAUGUGCGAGUGUGCAGUGUUUCACAUGUGCAGUUAAGUCUUGGUGGUCGGAGUUUGCAGUGAGUUUACACAGAGAUAUGAAGCUGAAAUCUCUCAUGCUACAUUGAAAGAGAGAAAAGGGGAAGAACAGGGCUGUGUAAAACUUUCCGUCCUAGUUUCAUGCAAGAAUACCCCAGCAGAACGACGGUAACUAUGCAAGAGCAUAAGAACCUGAAGAUGAAUUUAUGAAAGCUUCAGCCAACAGCUUUAAUUUCCCGUUGUAGAGCCACAAAAGUGGACAAGACAAUAUCUGCUUUCAUUAUCUUAUUAAGACUGAGAUCGCAAUAUAAAGUUUUCCUUCAGUGACAUUUCAGCCAAUGUUUACAUCAUGAGGCUAGCUUUUAGCAAUUUGCUGCUGUCACUUGCUCUUGGACUCUGUUUCAUGUUCAUUCAUGCACAAGAGCAAAAUGAGACAGACACAAAUGCCACCACUACAUUGUUGAAUAAAGAGAAUGUGGAUACAACCUUAAGUCCUCAAGGCACCAUUGAAGUAACACCUGAAAAUAUUGUCACUGAAUUACCUAUGACACCAGAUCCUGAUUAUUUAGUCUCCACACUUGACCAUCAAAUGACCACCAUUCAUGAAGUAAAAUCAACAGUUGAGGCUUCUACACCACUCAUUACUGACACUGAACAAACAACAACUCAAACAACUCAAACAACACCAAGAUCUGUUUCUGAAGGAAUAACUGCUCAAGGACAACACACCACAAUGGCCUUGGAGUCAAUGGAAGCAAGCACCACUACUGUGCCUGUUUCGAUAAAAAAAGGUGGGACUGCACCAAUAACUUCAGAAUACCUGACAAGCACAGGUUCGUAUGAAACAACUGUUGGAUUUACUACUUCUGAGUUGACCAGUGCUACGAAACACAGAGAUGAUCUCACCACAGCAAUGGUUGCCUUGACUCCAGCAUCAACGGUACUAAGCUCCACACCCACCACUUUAAAACCGCUUGCAGAAGGGACUGAGCCCCCGCCCAUCAUGUCCAGCCCAGAGGACACCACAUUCCUUACCGUUACCACAAAAACCUCUACUAGAAUCUCUCAUGACAUUCUUGAACUUCCUCACUCGCAGUUAGAAGAUGACUCAGUCUCCACCCAUUUAACACCUACCACCAUUGGUGGAUAUGUCAAACACAGCAUUUUGCCCACACAGAUCAGCUGGUUAUUAAUACUAAUAAUAGUAUUAAGUGUAAUCAUUCUUUGUGUGCUGUUAGUGGCAUUGCUUAUGUUUGUCCAACGCCGAAAGAAAAUUGCCUCACGUAAGUUUGGCCCAGGGUACGUGAAUGGACAAAAUAAACGGUCCAUGAAGAAGAAAGGGGCGGAGGAUGAUGCAUGGGCAGGGCCUGUGAAUCUGGAGGCUGGAGAUAAAGUGGAAUGUGAUGGAGUAGUACAGGGGGGUCUGCUGUCUGAUGAGGGGAGAGAGGAUGGAGAUGAUCUGGUGCUCAGUACAUUUGCUGCCAUUGAAUCAGGUGACACACCUAUCGGUGGAGUGGGUGGGGAAGGAACCAAAGAGGUAAAGAAAUGGGAGGAGCAGGAGCCUCUGCUUUACAUAGAUGAGAAUGUGGAGGAAGACAACAAGGAAAAAGCAGUGGCAGAGAAACAGAGACAGAAAGGAGAUGAGAACAAUGGACAACUGGCUGUGAGAGAAAUUAAGGAUUUGAAUGGAGGAGAAACAUUCUGUCUCACCACAGCUGUUUAAAAUAGUUUGUCCAUAGAACUCACUUUUAAAUAUAGAUUUAUUAGGAUUUACUUUUUGAUUACUUCAUGUCAUGUCUUGAUUACUUUGUGUCAUAAAGAAGGACUUUAAUUCAGCAAAAUAAUGGUGCCAUGUUAAACUUCUGUUUUACUCUUGUCUACAUUCCUUAAUCAAAAUAUAGACUUUCCAUUGCUACCAGAUUAUUCACACUUUGCAAUCAAGUUAAUCUAAAGAAAAUACAAAUUAAAUAAAAACAAAUCAACAUUUUCUACAGUGACCAAAAUUAUUGAAAAAAAAAUAAAAUAAAAUAAUUACACAAAAAAAUGAAAAGACUUGGAAAAUAUUAGCACUUCCUAAAACCAUGUUUUAGUAUUUUGUAUCUUUCAGGUCUGGUAUGUGGAACAUAUUUGUAUUUUCUUUAUGUUAACAUAUUUUGGAAUAAAUUAAGUAUUAUUUGAAACAAACUGCAUAGUUGGCCCUAUUUAUUUAUUUGCCAUUGCUAUAUGUAUUUGAACUGAACAACCACAUCAUUUAGGGUCACUCUUUUCCACUUAAAAGAGGAAUUUCAUAACAAGAGAUUUUUAGAUCUGCUUGAAAAUUUCAGUUAUUAAAAAAAAAGAAAGAAAGAAAUUACAUUGUCAUAUUACACUGGUUAAAAGUAACUUAAGU